CACCACUGUCCGCGAUCGCCCGGCCGCAGGGAAGGAAGAAAGGAGCGCAGGAGGUGGAGUUCUGCAGAUCACACCUACCCGGAACAGAUAGACCCCCUCUUGGACCUAGAGCCCCCGACAGCCGGCAGGUUCCACGCCCUCCCCCGACACCACGCCCGGCCAGGGGUCUGGCCACAGUUUUCUCGCUGAGGAUUUUCUGCAGCCCAGCUCCGAGUCCACUCCUCCCCCUUGUCUUGUGAGUCAGGGCCCCUUACCCAGCUCCUUCCUUCACCCGGACUCAGAGGCUGCGUCUACCUGCAAGAGUCUAGUUCACCUAUCUGGUUCUAUCUGAGACCCAGGAGUCCUACCUUUCAGUCUUCUUGCCUGAGACCCAGGGAUCCAGGAAUCAGCCCUUCUUUAAACCCAGGAGUCCAGGUCCUCCUUCAGACCCAGGAGUGCAGACCCCGACCUUCUUCAGACCCAGGAAUCCAGACCCCAGCCCUCCUCCUUCAGAUCCAGGAAUCCAGACCUCAGCCCUCCUCCCUCAGACCCAGGAAUCCAGACCCCAGCUCUCCUCUCACAGACCCAGGGGCUUAAGCCCGGCUACCCCCUGGUCCCUCCCAGCCCCUGACUUAUGGAUUUUUUAUUUCCAGGGCCUCUUGACUUUGAAUCCCACCCUACUUGGGCCCCAAGGGUGGACUGGUUCCCAGCCCCUCCAGGAAUGUUCAAGCCCCAGGGCACUAGAGCAAAAUCAAUUGGCUGACUUUGUCUCCCUGUGUCUCCUCUGUAUGUCUUGUUCUGUCUUCCUGACCGUUCCCACCUCUGAUAUCUAUGUUUUCUUUCUCUCUAUCUCUCUCCUUUGUGUUUCUCCUGAACUUUGCCCCCCUUUCCUACGUCUCCACAACUCUCUCCUCUCCUUUCCUGUGUCUAUCCCCUCUGCCUCCUCACCACCUUCCUCUCCCGACUCUCAUCUGUCUCCUCUUCUGGACUGUGGAUCUACCCGCCCUGUACCUCUGCUCUCCUCUUCACCUCACCCCACAUCUUUCAUCUCUUCUCCCCACCCCUGCCUCUCCUCCUUUUCCCCACAGGCAUGGAUCCACAGCCCCCUCCACCCGCCCAGGGCAGCCCACCUCACCGUGACCGUGGCCGAGGCCGAGGCCGUGGCCGUGGCCGUGGUCGAGGCCGUGGUCGUGGCAGAGGGGGUGCUGGAGCUCCUAGGGCGCCUCUGCCCUGCCCCACCUGUGGUCGCCUCUUCCGCUUCCCUUACUACCUGUCUCGACACCGGCUGAGCCACUCGGGCCUCCGGCCCCAUGCCUGCCCCCUGUGCCCCAAAGCUUUCCGCAGGCCUGCCCACCUUUCCCGCCACCUUCGUGGCCACGGGCCCCAGCCCCCGCUGCGCUGCGCUGCCUGCCCACGCACCUUCCCGGAGCCAGCCCAGCUCAGGCGCCACCUGGCCCAGGAGCACGCAGGUAGCGAGGUGGAUCUGUCCACGCAGAGGGCAGUGAAGGAGGAGCCUGAGGCCAGUUGGGGUCCGCAGGACGAGGGAGUGGAACAGCCCGCCACGGUGGUGGUGGCCGGGGCUGAGGAGGAGGCGACCGCACAGUGGCCCGCAGGGGACUCGGCUCCUGCGGCUGUCCCCACGAGUAUGGAUCCUCGGGAAUCAGAGGCCGAGGAGGCCGAGGCCGGGGCGGCGGAGCUAAGGGCAGAGUUGGCACUGGCCGCGGGGCGACAGGAGGAGAAACAGGUCCUUCUCCAGGCCGACUGGACGCUGCUGUGUCUCCGCUGUCGCGAAGCCUUCGCCACCAAGGGGGAGCUCAAAGCCCACCCGUGUCUGCGCCCCGAAGGCGAACAGGAGGGCGAAGGAGGACCCCCGCCCCGCCCCAAGCGACACCAGUGUUCCAUCUGCCUCAAGGCUUUCGCCAGGCCCUGGUCCCUAUCGCGUCACCGGCUAGUCCACUCCACCGAUCGACCUUUUGUGUGUCCAGACUGCGGCCUGGCCUUCCGCUUGGCCUCCUACCUCCGCCAGCACCGCCGCGUCCAUGGUCCACUCAGCCUGCUGGCCCCGUUACCCGGGGCUGGCAAGAAGGACGACAAGGCCUCGGGCGGACGGAACUCAGGGAAAGGGCCCGAGGGGGGCGAAGGGGCAGAAUGUGGGGGUGCAUCGGAAGGGGGUGAAGGCGGGCAUAAUGGAGGAGAUGCCACCCCAGCCCGGCCUCCGGCGGGGGAGCCACGUUUCUGGUGUCCUGAGUGUGGCAAAGGUUUCCGACGCCGGGCACACCUACGCCAGCAUGGGGUCACCCACUCCGGGGCGCGCCCUUUUCAGUGCGUGCGCUGCCAGAGGGAAUUCAAGCGACUGGCGGACCUGGCCCGCCAUGCGCAAGUCCAUGCUGGGGGCCCCGCCCCGCAUCCGUGCCCGCGAUGCCCACGCCGCUUCUCUCGCGCUUACAGCCUCCUGCGCCACCAACGCUGCCACCGCGCCGAGCUGGAACGGGCGGAGCUGGAGAGGGCUGCAGCGCUGCAGGAACUCCAGACCCAGACCUCACAGUCGCCCCAGCCUCCGCAGCCACUUAAGCAGGAGGCAGAAGGGCUCCCUCUGCCCAUCGCGCACGUCAAGGAAGAGCCUCCCUCACCACCCCAGUCCCUGCCGGCUCCACCUGUCUUUCUCAGCGCCUCCUGUUUUGACAGCCAAGACCAUUCAGCCUUCGAGAUGGAGGAUGAGGAGAUGGACAGUAAGGCCCACCUAUGCGGAUUGGGAGGCCUGGCCUCCUGACCCUCACAUCCACCCUCCGCCCUUCCAAUUGAGCUCCCGGUUUGCAGUAAGGAAGAGGGAAACUGAAGAAGAGGAACCUCCCCUGCCUACCCCUGAACCCUGGAUCAUUCAUCUUCUCCUUUACCCACCCCUAGACCCCUGAUGCUGGUUAGGAACUUCUCACCCCAACACGUGUCUUAAGUAAGGCAGGGCAAGGCGGAGGACAUUUGGCCAGAAGGAUAGAGACUGCUGGGUUCGUCCCAGCCUGCCCAUCCCUAUGACAAACACUGGACACCAUCACCUCUUUGGAACUGCCAGACCCUGGGAGUUCCCAGUGCAAAAGGUCUGCCCCCGUUCCUCUGUCUCUGUGAAUAAAUGUGAGUUCGUGCAA